AUGGGGGAGGUUGGUCGAUUGGUCAGUCCAUAUAUUGAUGUAGCAGAGCAUGUUGGCAUAGCCUAUUCCAGGAUCCGUCCUCAGAUGCCAAAGGAGAAGAUCGAAGGAUGUCAUAUCUGCACAUCAGUGACACCUGGCGAGCCUCAGGUCCUCCUAGGAAAGGACAAAGCCUUUACCUACGACUUUGUCUUCGAUCUGGAUACGUGGCAGGAACGGAUCUACACAACCUGUGUGAGCAAACUCAUCGAAGGCUGCUUCGAGGGUUACAAUGCUACCGUGUUGGCGUAUGGCCAGACAGGUGCAGGUAAGACUUAUACCAUGGGCACUGGCUUUGACAUGAACAUUUCUGAAGAGGAGCUUGGCAUAAUUCCACGAGCCAUUGCCCAGUUGUUUAGUGGCAUAGAAGAGCGCAAGCGGGCAGCACAGGAACAGGGUGUGCCUGCACCAGAGUUCAAAGUCAGUGCGCAGUUCUUGGAGCUGUACAAUGAAGAGAUCCUGGAUCUUUUUGAUAGCACACGGGACCCUGACUCCCGCCACCGGAAAUCCAACAUCAAAAUCCAUGAGGAUGCCAGUGGUGGCAUCUACACUACUGGUGUCACAUCUCGCCUCAUUGGCUCGCAGGACGAGCUGAUUCAGUGCCUGAAGCAGGGAGCUCUGUCCCGAACCACAGCCAGCACCCAGAUGAAUGUGCAGAGCUCUCGCUCCCAUGCAAUCUUCACCAUCUACCUUUGCCAAAUGCGAGUGUGUUCUCCUGUACACUUGGUGAAUGGUGACACAAACAGUCUCCUUGAGGGAUCUCAGCCUACCAACGAGUAUGAGACGCGAACUGCCAAAUUCCACUUUGUUGACCUGGCUGGUUCAGAGAGGUUAAAACGGACUGGAGCUACAGGCGAGAGAGCCAAAGAAGGGAUCUCCAUCAACUGUGGCUUGCUAGCGCUUGGAAACGUCAUCAGUGCCCUUGGAGAUCAGAGCAAGAAAGCCUUGCAUGUGCCGUACCGGGAUUCAAAGUUGACUCGGCUCCUGCAGGACUCCCUUGGUGGUAACAGCCAAACUAUAAUGAUUGCCUGUGUGAGCCCUUCAGACCGGGAUUUUAUGGAGACUCUGAAUACCUUAAAGUAUGCCAAUCGUGCUCGCAACAUCAAGAACAAGGUGGUGGUGAAUCAAGAUAAGACAAGCCAGCAAAUCAGUACCCUACGAGCUGAAAUUGCCCGCCUGCAGAUGGAACUCAUGGAAUACAAGGCGGGCAAGCGGGUCAUUGGGGAGGAUGGCUCUGAAGGAUACAGUGACCUGUUCCAUGAGAAUGCCAUGCUGCAGAAGGAGAACACCACCUUGCGUAUGCGGGUGAAAGCGAUGCAGGAGGCCAUUGAUGCCAUCAACAUCAGAGUCACCCAUCUGAUGAGCCAGGAAGCCAACCUGAUUCUUGCCAAGGCAGGUGACGGUAAUGAGGCUAUUGGUGCUCUGAUCCAGAACUAUAUUCGAGAAAUCGAGGACCUCAGGACAAAACUCUUGGAGAGUGAAUCUAUGAAUGAGUCAUUGCGUCGCAGCCUAUCUCGAGCUUCUUCCAGGCUUCCUUAUUCCUUGGGCUUAUCUCCAGGGCCUGGUCUGGGGACUUCAAAUAGCCCUGUCACCGCUGUGGAAGCAGAGGCCUCUGAAGUCCUCCAGUGGGCCAAGCAGGACCUAGAACGGCUGAAGAAAGAGACUAAAUUGCAAAGGAAAAGCCCGGAGAAGGAAGGAUUUAAGAAGAAGUUCAGGCUACAGCAGGAAAAUGAGGCAGAUGAGACAGAUGAGAAUGAAGCGGAAGAGGAGGAACGGGAUGAGAGUGGCUGUGAGGAAGAAGGUGGCCAGGAGGAGGACGAGGACGAUGAUUCAGGAAGUGAAGAAAGUCUGGUGGAUUCUGACUCAGAUGCUGAGGAAAAAGCAGCCAAUUUCCAAGCUGACUUGGCUGACCUAACCUGCGAGAUAGAGAUCAAGCAGAAGCUGAUAGAUGAGCUGGAAAACAGCCAACGGCGCCUCCAAACCCUGAAACAUCAGUAUGAGGAAAAGCUGAUUCUGCUGCAGAACAAGAUCCGUGACACCCAGUUGGAGAGGGACAGGGUCCUGCAGAACCUCAGUACCAUGGAAUGCUACACAGAAGAGAAAGCCAACAAGAUCAAAGCAGAUUAUGAGAAGCGACUGAGGGAGAUGAACAGGGACUUGCAGAAGUUGCAGGCAGCCCAGAAGGAGCAUGCCCGCCUCCUCAAAAACCAGUCUCGAUACGAACGAGAGUUGAAGAAGCUGCAUGCAGAAGUGGCAGAGAUGAAGAAAGCUAAAGUAGCACUUAUGAAACAAAUGCGUGAGGAGCAGCAGAGAAGGAGACUGGUAGAGACCAAGAGAAACCGGGAGAUUGCCCAGCUGAAGAAGGAGCAACGCAGGCAGGAGUUUCAGAUUCGAGCACUAGAAUCUCAGAAAAGGCAGCAGGAGAUUGUACUGCGCAGGAAAACCCAAGAGGUUUCUGCUCUGCGCCGUCUGACCAAACCUAUGUCCGAUCGGGUUGCUGGGAGGAUGAACCAGAAGUCCGCCAUGCUGGACUCAGGUGCCGAGGUCUCCACCAGCACAACCUCCUCUGAGCCAGAAUCUGGUUCUCGUUCUGUAUCCAGCAUUGUGCGCCAGUGGAAUCGGAAAAUCAACACCUUCCUGGGAGAUUCUCCUCCUCCCCCAAAUGGGAGUCGGACCAUCAGGAAGAAGUUUGCAAAGAAAGGGGCAAACCAGACCUUCAGCAAGACAGCCCGCCUGAAGUGGCAAUCUCUGGAGCGGCGUGUCUUUGAUAUUGUCAUGCAGAGGAUGACUGUCAUCAAUUUGGAAUCAGAUAUGGAGCGGCUUAUCAAGAAACGCGAGGAACUGUCACUGAUGCAAGAAAUGCUUCUAGGGAAGAGGGAGAAACUGCAAACAGAGAACCCUGAAGAGCAGAAAGGACUUCAGGAGCUAAAUGAGGAGAUUGAGGUGCUGGCAGCCAAUAUUGACUACAUCAAUGACAGCAUUUCUGACUGCCAGGCCACCAUCAUGCAAAUUGAGGAGACCAAGGAAGAACUGGAUUCCACUGACACCUCCGUGGUGAUCAGCUCUUGUUCUCUGGCUGAAGCUCGACUACUACUGGAUAAUUUCCUCAAGGCCUCCAUAGACAAGAGCCUGCAGGUGGCCCAAAAGGAGGCUCAGAUACGACUGUUGGAAGGACGCUUGAGGCAGACAGAUGUGACUGGCUCCUCCCAGAACCACCACAUCCUGGAUGCUCUGCGGGAGAAGGCAGAAUCCCACCCUGAGCUGCAGGCACUCAUCCACAAUGUCCAGCAAGAGAACGGCUAUGCCAGUACGGAUGAGGAAAUCUCUGAAUUCAGCCUGGCCUCAGAAGGGAGUUUUUCCCAGUCUUUCUCCAUGAAGGGCUCUGCCAGUCAGGAUGACUUCAAGUGCAGAGGAGAGCCCAAGCUGUCUGGCCAGAUGAAGGCUGUGUCUGCAGAGUGCCUGGGGCCUAUGCUGGAUAUCUCCACCAAGAACAUCACCAAGUCAUUGGCAUCUCUCAUGGAGAUCAAAGAGGAUGGAGUUGGCUUUUCCAUCCGUGAUGCUUACUACAAGGAGAAGGUUUCUCGCACCAUCAGCCUGCCCACUCGAGGGAGCACAUUCCCUAGGCAAUCCCGCGGCUCAGAUACGUCACCUCUCACAAGGAGGAAAUCCUACGACCGGGGCCAGCCCAUCAGGACUCCAGACGUCGGAUUCACUCCCCCCUCAUCUCCUCCCAGCAGACCACGCAAUGACCGCAACGUCUUCUCCCGCCUCACCAGCAACCAGAGUCAGGGCUCAGCAUUGGACAAGUCUGAUGACAGUGACUCCUCUGUCUCGGAGGUGCUGAGGGGCAUCAUUAAUCCAGUGGGAGGUUCCAGGGGUACCCGGACAGCCCCGCUGCAAUGCAUUUCUGUGGCAGAAGGACACACCAAGCCAGUUCUGUGCCUGGAUGCUACUGAUGAGCUGCUGUUCACUGGGUCCAAAGAUCGGAGCUGCAAAAUGUGGAACUUGGUGACUGGCCAGGAAAUUGCAUCUUUGAAGGGACAUCCGAACAAUGUGGUCUCCAUAAAGUACUGCAGCCACUCUGGCCUGGUAUUCACAGUCUCUACUUCUUACAUCAAAGUGUGGGACAUCCGGGACUCUGCAAAGUGUAUUCGCACCCUCACCUCAUCGGGCCAGGUGAUUUCUGGGGAUGCCUGUGCUGGGACCACUACCCGCACUAUCACCAGUGUGCAGGGCGAGCACCAGAUCAACCAGAUUGCGCUCAAUCCAACAGGCACCACACUGUAUGCAGCUACUGGCAACUCUGUCCGCAUCUGGGAGUUGAACAGAUUGCAGCCCAUUGGAAAGCUGACAGGCCACAUUGGGCCUGUGAUGUGCCUCACUGUGAACCAGACUGCAAGCAACCAUGACCUGGUCAUCACAGGAUCCAAAGACCAUUAUGUCAAGAUGUUUGAAAUCGCAGAAGGUGUUGGUGGGAAUAUUUGCCCAACCUACAACUUUGAACCACCACAUUACGAUGGUAUUGAAUGCCUAGCUAUUCAGGGAGAUGUUCUCUUCAGUGGCUCCAGGGACAAUGGGAUCAAGAAAUGGGACCUGGAGCAGCAGGAGCUCAUCCAGCAAAUCCCCAAUGCACACAAAGACUGGGUUUGCGCUUUGGCCUUUGUACCCAGCCGGCCUAUGUUGCUGAGUGCCUGCCGUGGUGGGACAGUGAAGGUCUGGAAUGUCGACAACUUUACCCCUGUUGGGGACAUUAAGGGACAUGACAGUCCCAUCAAUGCCAUCUGUACUAAUUCGAAGCACAUAUUCACAGCUUCCAGUGACUGGACUGUGAAACUCUGGACUGUGAGGAAGCUACUAAACUGCACAAUCUAGAACUGGGGAAAGACUAGACGUGGCAGGGCUGACCAGUGGUGAUGUCCUUGUGAACCCAGCUUACAAAGGCUAGAAAGCAAUGAUUAUUGUUCUGCUGGAAUCUUGCACUCUCGGGGACAUGGGAACAGAGGACAACCCUGGCUUUUGGUACUCUCUACACCACUAGUUGGGCGGCAGUUGGAUGGUACUGCAGAAUCUCCCUUCCUUCCAGUUUCCCAUCCUGUAUUUUUGCUUGAUAGAGUUUUUGCAGUGUCACUGAGUGGCAAACUGAUGCUUUACCAGGUGAGAAAGAAGACUAAGCUGAGGGUUGAGAGCGUUUUUCCAAUCAGAAUCCAUUUGGGACCAAAGCAAGUCUUUCUCAACCUCUCCUGGCAGAUCUGAGGCAGUGGGAUGUGUGAGAAGCUCUGCAAAAUCUCAUCUUCCAUCACCUGAGGAAGCCACGCUCAUUUCUUCCAUGGCUCAGGAGUUGCCUAUUAUUCCUACGUAUUCCUUGUAGUUCAGAGCUCAACAGUGAAAUCAACAAGAGGAAACUGAAACAUGCCAGUAGCUUCUAGGACGCAUUUCCUGGACGGCUAAUUGUCAAGAUUUUACAUGCUGUUUGUUGCUCAGAGUGUUAAUGGUUUUCUUUUCUUAUUUCUGUCAGUGAUGGACAGAGAGCUUUUUUUCCCUAAAGGGGGAAAGUGGGUUUCGAUGGUAGCACAAGGAUCCACCUUGUUGAGCACAUGUGGUGUUUCUCAGCCUCCCCUCCAGAAGUGGACUCACCAAAGGUUUUCAUUUUCAACUGCUAGCCAGUAAUGAUUGGGGGGGUUGUCACUUUGAAGAUCACAAAUGUUCUUGAGAUAACAUAAAAAAGAAAGUUUCUGCUGUAUCAAUGCACAUCUGUACAAAUCGGUGAUGGAUACAGUAAGAUUAAUCACUGUCUUUUCUUCCCUGUGGCAUCAAGAAUUCUGUGAGUUUGGAAGAAUGUGUCCGUUAUGCAUUCCAGCUUCAAACAAGAAAUUGGAACACUAGACCCAUUACACAGUGCUAAAUAUCCAGCUGAGGUGGAUCUGUGGAACUCUUUACUUUGUCUUGUUGGAAUCACAAGCUGACAAUGGUCACAGAAACUGACACUCUCUCUCAUAUGGGGAAAGGUCCUAUUUGUGUGGGAGCAGAAAAAUGUGGGAUUUCUUCCCCUCCCCCAGCUUUCCAACAGGGUAAGAAAUGUAUUGAAUUUCUUAACGCUUGGGUGUAGUUACAUGCAUUCUCGCAUCUCACUCCCCUUCGAUGGGGUGACAGUGCCCCUCACAACAUCACCCAAAGCAAUUCUUUGUUUACACCUGCUUGAAAUGCACCCAUUCCAGCUGUUUCACAUGUAUGCCACAUGCUGUCAUUAUCAUCAGUUCUUCCAGGAAGACGCAAGAGAGAACUGACUUUCUGUGCUUUGAUCAUCUUGAACUUUCAUUGGAUAUUUUGACCCACUCAGUUUACUCGUGUAUUCUAGUUUAAGCCCUGUCUCACUGUGUAACAGAAAAAGCUGUCAUCUGUAUGCAUCAAAGCCUGCCUGUCCAUGCCUCAUUGGAGAGGUACAAAGCACUCCUCAAAUUCUUCUUCCUCUUGCUCAUAAGUUAAUAUGAUGUGCACAUAAACUCUUAAUAGGCAUUGUGCUUUUUCACCAAAGUGUCGGGGACUAAAUUACGUAUGUAUGACCAUCUGUUGAAUAUACAGGCUUGAGGAAAGCAGCACACCGGUGGACCAAUGCAGACAAGCAGGCCAAAUUAAGCUGCUUCCUGCAUGCUUCAGAUAUUUCCACAGCUCUGCUUUGCCCCUGACUUGUAGGAGACAUCAGCUCUGAUUUACUGGGUUGCUUUGGGUGUGAACAUUGUCCCCACUUGGGUGCACUGAAGCUGCAGAUUCUGCCAUCAGAGUAGGAAGAUGUACUGUAAUUUUGUAUGGGUGUUUUAAAGCAUUUGUGUAUUGUCUUGUGCAUUAUUUGGCGUGGGGGUAGGCAGGAGAGAGGAGUGUGUAUGUGUUUAUGUGUGUGAGAGAGCUUUGAAGAGCAUGAAGGCUUGUUUUGAGUUAACCUACCUCAUGGCCCAAGGGUUUUUUUUAUGUUAAUAAAACUUGAAUUAGUCUGGGGAACAAACAUUCUCACACUGGCCCUGAUUUUUGAGCUUGCAGUUCUGACAGCCAGCUGUAGCCAGAAUGAGAGUUGUUGGGAUUCUGUGCUUUGCUUUCACUGCUUAUUAUAUUCAACUCCAUGACUUGAUCAUUUUCAGCCCGCUGCACCAUUUCAAUAAAUGCUGAGGCUGACAUUCGUUGAAUCUCGGUAUGCUUGGCAGUCUUCUCUUGACUUAGUGUAGUGGGGAGAAGGUUGGACAAUUAAAGUCUUGGAAGAUGGACCAUCUGCCACUGGUAGUGAAAUCAGCACAGUCUCCUCUCCCCUGACAACCCUGAACCCCUCGCGUUACCACCCAAGCUAUCUUGUCUGGUAUGUAGGGAAACGUAGUUACCUGUGAAUUUUUUCAUAUUAUUGCUUGUAAAAAUUUAGGAUCAGAUUUUGAAUUAGCUGCACACAGUUCACCUAAACCUUCCUACAUUCCUUCUUAUAGGAAGUUAUGUAGAACAAAGACUAUGAAAUAUCCUAUAAAAUAAUACUUGAUAUACCUGAAUCAGUCUGGCAUGAAGGGUACUCCUCUCCUGACCAUGUUGCCAUACAGACCCAUGCGCCCCACUCUUCUACUGUCUUUUGAGAUUAUAUUUCCUCAUAUUGAAGAAUUUUACACCACCCCUUUUUAUAAGAUCUGGUCCUCUGGAAGUAGUGGAAGUGCACAUCUUUUGCACUGCAAUUAGGGGCAGUCUUGAUAAGCUGUUUUAUUGAAACAGUUAAAUACAGUUGCCGUCUUUUCCAAGCGCAUGGUGUAAAGAGUCAAAAUAAUGGAGCAGAAAUUCCCAUCUGUUUUUAGUGGUUCUUGGAUUGAACAUACAUGUUCAUCAAAAAGUCAAUGUAAUGUGACUCAGAAGUGGGUCUCCAUAAUUUACCUAGUUUCAGCCAGCAGCACAAGGAAAUUCCAGCCAUGAUAACGGUGUUCUUGAUGCUGAUGAUUAGGUGCACAGAGAUUCUUCAGCCCUGCUUUUUAGUCAUGCUGUUACAUGUUCUGGUGGCACUCACCCCACAUUCCAAGGAAGAGAAAGAAACCCUGGAAUGAUGCUCUAUUCUAAUGCACAUAAAGACCAUAGGUGAGGACCGGUCUAAGUCACAUGCUCCACCAAUCGUUUUGUAUAUACAGCAUACCAUUUCAAAUGACAGGUGCCUUUUCUUGCCCUGAAAUGUCUUUUACAAAAGGCUGGUGCUUGUUUGGGGCUUCUUGUAGGGGUUGUGUCAUCAGGCAAAAUGGUCUAUGGGUGUGUGCGUUAUGUGUGUAUGCAGGAUAAGGUGUUUAAGAUUUUAUACCUCUGUGUAAAUAGUGUAAGUUAUUUAUGGUUCCUGAUGUACAUGGUUUUCCAACGUGUGUGUUUGUCCUUAAUAAAUAAGCUUGUUAAAAUAACAUCUGAGAAUAAAUCUUUGUUUAAGUCAGUUGGCUAGAAUUCGAAGCUCAUUCAGUAGAAUCAAGAGAAAGAUAGGGAAAUUCAAUUUAGAGGUGGGUUUGAAGAAGUAGAAUUUUGGGAUGUUUUGAU